UCUUUUAUUGCACACGAUUCAAAAGAAUCAGUCUGUGACUCGUGGUUAUAAAAAAGAGCACCAGAAAAUCUCACAAAUGCAGGCUCCAGUCGUAUAUCUUAAUACCUCCACAGAGAGAAAGACAGGCAGAAGAGCCCAGAUCGCCAACAUCACCACCGCCAAAGCGGUCGCUGAUAUCAUCAGAACAUGUCUUGGCCCCAAGGCGAUGUUGAAGAUGUUAUUGGAUCCAAUGGGCGGCAUUGUUUUGACCAAUGAUGGCCACUCCAUCUUAAGAGAGAUCGAUGUGUCUCAUCCAGCAGCCAAAUCCAUGAUUGAAUUGUCGAGAACGCAAGACGAAGAAGUCGGCGACGGUACUACAACCGUGAUCAUUUUGGCUGGUGAAAUUUUGGCACAAACGUUUCCAUAUAUCGAGAAGAAUAUCCACCCUGUCAUUAUCAUUCAGGCAUUGAAGAGAGCCUUGACUGAUGCCUUGGAGAUCAUUCACAGCGUUUCUGUCCCUGUAGACCCUGAAAACGAGGAAGCUCUCACUAAGUUGAUCGGUGCCGCUAUCGGAACCAAGUAUGUUCACAAAUGGUCGAAGAAGAUGUGUAACUUGGCUUUGACUGCCGUCAAAACCGUUAUGAUCAAGAAGGGAGAUUACAAGGAAAUCGACACCAAGAGGUAUGUUCGUUUCGAAAAGAUCCCCGGCGGAGAAGUAGAAGACUCUGAAGUCUUGGACGGGAUCUUGUUGAACAAGGAUGUUACCCAUCCCAAGAUGAAGAGACACAUUGAGCUGCCUCGUGUGAUAUUGUUGGAUUGCCCAUUGGAAUAUAAGAAGGGAGAAUCGCAAACCAAUAUUGAAAUUACCAAGGAAGAAGACUGGAACAGAAUAUUACAGAUCGAAGAAGAGCAAGUCAAAUUGAUGUGCGAACAGAUCUUAGAGCUCAAGCCCGACUUGGUCAUCACCGAAAAGGGUGUCUCUGACUUGGCCCAACACUACCUCUUGAAGGGUGGAGUAACUGCCUUGAGAAGAGUCAAAAAGUCAGACAACAACAGAAUCUCCCGUGCUACCGGAGCCACCAUUGUUAAUAGAGUAGAAGACUUGAAAGAGUCGGACGUUGGUACCAAGUGUGGAUUGUUCAAAGUCGAAUUGAUUGGCGACGAGUACUUUUCCUACAUCGUCAAGUGUAAGGAACCACAAGCAUGUACAAUCGUAUUGAGAGGUCCUUCCAAGGAUAUUUUGAACGAAAUAGAACGUAACUUGCAGGAUGCCAUGGCUGUGACCAGAAAUAUCUUGUUCGAACCUUCAUUGUCUCCAGGUGGAGGUGCCACAGAAAUGGCUGUCUCUGUCAAAUUGUCUGAAAAGGCUAAAAGCAUCGAAGGUGUAGCCCAAUGGCCUUAUCAGGCAGUAGCCGAUGCUUUUGAAGUCAUCCCUAGAACAUUGAUCCAGAACUGUGGUGGUAAACCCAUCAGAGUUUUGGCACAAUUGAGAGCCAAGCACGCUCAGGGUGAACACACCUGGGGGAUUGACGGGGAAAACGGUACCAUUGUCGAUAUGAAUGAAUACGGCAUCUGGGAACCAGAAGUAAUCAAGCAGCAAUCGAUCAAGACCGCUAUAGAUAGUGCCUCGAUGUUGUUGAGAGUGGAUGACAUCGUCAGUGGUGUUCGUCAGCAGCAAUAGCCAUACCCGUAUAGAUAAUAUAGCGCAAUACAACUGUAUCUAUUUUAUUAUAGUG